GUUUGUUUGUUUGUAGCAUGGUUUCCAUAGUCACCAGUGUCUGCAUUAACCUAGUUGUUAAGUUGGACUGUGUGUAAGUGUGUGUGUGUAGGUAUAGUGUUUUGGUGAAAGCUCUCAGUCGACUCAAGAUCUCUAAAGUGUAUUAAAAUGGUAAAAGGUGGAAAGCGAUAUUCUUCAAUGAGCAAUGAUGGCAAAUGGUUUGCUCAUUCACUUUUACCAGAAAAUGAGACAGGGAAUCGUGGGACUUGUACAAGCACUGGGAUCAUGCUGACUCAGGUUAAAUCAGCGUUGCCUCAGGCUUUGAACUUUGAGCGCUAUCCUAAAUGGAAAACUCAGCAGAAAUCCAUGGAGUAUCCAUUCUCAGACCAUGACAACAAGCAUUCCUUAAAAGACAACAUCAUUGUUUUCACUCAUGGUGUAGGACGCAGGAAAUGCCACGAUGAUCGCAGACAGCACAACUCCCACUUCUGCCUGUGCCAUGACGGGGCUGACGGUGGCACUGCAGAGACUGGGGGGAACUUCACAGCCUACCAGACUGAAUUUAUGGUGAAGGAGGCUGUUAAUGUUCCAGCCGGCACCAGGCGCUUUCCCCGCAACCACAAGCAGAAGUCUGCAGAGGCAGCUUUAGCACAGGCAGGGGAGCAGUUCAUGUGGUUUGGACGACAUGACUCUCAACAUCUCCCAGAGACCCUGCAAGUGUUGGCAGCUACCAACUGCUCAGCACCCUCCAGACCCUAAGUUACUCCUACUUUUAAGGCACUAGAUGGCAUCAUUGAGAGGACAUUGCACAGAGAGGGUCAGGUGAACUUUGUGGAUGAUCCAGCUGUCAAAUAAAGAACUGAAACAUUAGAUAGCAUGUUCUAAUGUUUUGAGAGUAUUUUUAGGUGAACCAUACAAACAAGAUUUUAUUCCACAACAACUCUAAUUAGACUGGAAAGUGGACUGUUACUGUGUAAUUAGUGCAUCUUAUGAUAUACUUGUCUAUGUUCAAGUGCACUUGACAAUGCUAUUUUGGGACAUCAUGAAUUUUAUUUUUUUUAUUUUUUUAUGUACUUUUAUGCACAUACUGCACAUACCCCCUACAAAUGUAACUUUAGUGCACUCAUGUUACUCUUCCAGGAAUGUUAUUAACAUAUUUAAAGGGGCACUUGAUUGAUGAUUUUGCAUUAAACUUUCAUAAGUUGGGUGACUCAAAAAACAAAUGAUGGCUCCCCAAGAUGUAUUAACACCUCCCCUUUAAUCUUGUCUCAAAAUAGCAUGGUCAAGUGCACUAUAGUGUAGUCAAGUAUAUGUUAAGUUUCACCAGUUAUACAUACAGUAGAUUGAUUUAAUGUUAGUAUCUCAAAAAUAUCUAAUUUUAGUAAUACAGAAAGUGCAUCUGGAAGCACACUGUAUAUUAACAUGAAGUAUAAUUUUGCUUUUUAUUUAACAAUGGUUCUCUUACGUGGUGCUUUUAUUACCUGAGAGAAUAGGAGCUAUAAAAUUGGGAAAAAAAGCAUCUAAACACAAUUAACCUAUGGACUGUUUCACCUACAUCAGGAGCUGCUGUAGGAUCCCUGUGAAGACUGUUGAGAGUUCCCAGUUCAGCCACCAGAGGGCAGCAGCUCUACGUGAGUUAUCAGUUGGCUUGAGGAUCCACUGAGUUGUUAAACCGCCAAGUUGUGUGAGAAAUGUAAUAACCAAAACCCCUGUGUAAUGUGCAUGCUCUGGGAGAGAAAAUGUGGUGGUGGUAGUGGGGGGGUUGAUAAUUAGAAAAAGAAUCCAGCUAUUUUUAUUCAAUGCAUAUCAACAUCAAGACAUUAAAUUAGAGCAUGUGAAAAUAA